GAUACGAUUUUUUAUUUCUUGAUUAGAAUAAUAACGUUUACCAGAUUAUUGUUGAUUUUAGCAGCUCAAAGUUCCUGAAACUUCCUGCUCAAUUAUUAAUUAUCCCAAUAAUGUUACUAAUGCUAGUUUUGCUUCCUUAAAGUCCUCUAUCCAGAUGAGAAAUUUCCCAACUUUUUCUGACCCUCAUAUGAAAUCAUCAUAUCUUGCCUAAGCUAGCCUGCUUUAUAUAUUCAUUAUGUCUUUGUGGCUAAAAGAUUAUAGAUUUUUGGCCAUGUUUUUCUUCAUCUUUCCCAUCUUUUUUUUCCAACUUGUCUCUGGUUCAGACCCUCUCUACACUUGGUGUCCACCAGAAUUCCAAAAUUACACACUAAACUCUACAUUUCAUAACAAUCUUGAGCUUCUUCUAGAGUCACUUUCCUCUAGCAUUUCAGUCUCAGGUUUCUACAAGACAUCCAUUGGAUAUGACCCAGAUAAGGUCUAUGGACUGGCACUAUGCAGAGGAGACAUAAACUUGAACUCCAAAAUCUGUAAGGACUGCGUUGAGAAAGCAAGCCAAGAUAUACUCAAGUUAUGCAGGAGUCAAGAUGCUAUGAUAUGGUAUGAGCUUUGUCAUGUAGGAUACUCCUUUCAGAUGCUUACUUCAAGAAAGGCUUACGCUGAGAAGUAUCUAGAUGAAAAUAAUCAGGCAAAGAAUGUGUCGGAUCCUGAUCGAUUCAGAAUUUUUCUGAUGUAUCUAAUGAAUAAGCUGUCCAAUGAAGCUGCAUUUUUUCCUUCCAAGAACAAGUUUGCUUCUGGGGAAGUUGAAUUUUCUCAGGAAAUUACAAUUUAUGGUCUAAUACAAUGCACAAGAGACAUUUCUGAAAUAUCAUGCCAUGAAUGUUUGAGUUCUGCGCUCCAGGAACUUGAAGCUUGUUGCUCAGACCGUCAAGGUGGGAUAGUUCUUAGUCAAAUAUGCAAUGUGAGGUUUGACUUGUAUCAGUUCUUCAAUACUUCUUCUCAGUACCUUCCGUCUAAAGGAGGGAAAGGGAAGACAUGGAUGCUUGUGGUGAUUAUAUUUUCAUCAGUGUUCAUAUUAGCAGUUCUUAUUGGUUUCUGCAUUGCCUAUCUCCUUAAAAAACAAGGGAAAGACAAAGAUAACAAAAAAGGCGAAAAGAUUCAACUGCAACAAUUGGUGAGCCCCUUGAGUACAACAAAUACACAUGAUGGAGAAUCAAUUAGUUCUGAAGAACUUUUGUUCAUGAGUUUUGGAACAAUUAAGGUAGCCACUGACGACUUUUCUGAUUCAAACAAGCUAGGACAAGGAGGUUUUGGUGCUGUGUACAAGGGUAUAUUAAAUGAUGGCCAGGAAGUAGCAAUCAAGAGGCUUUCAACAGGAUCUGAACAGGGCUCAGAUGAAUUCACAAACGAGGUUCUGCUGAUACUGAAACUUCAACACAAGAAUUUAGUGAGGCUUCUAGGAUUCUGUUUAGAUGGAGAAGAAAUGCUUCUUGUUUAUGAAUUUUUGCCUAAUGGCAGCCUUGAUGCUGUCCUUUUCGAUCCAAGGCGACGAGCACAACUAAGCUGGAUUAAACGUGUUGAUAUAAUAGGUGGAAUAGCAAGGGGGAUUCUUUAUCUUCAUGAAGAUUCUCGACUAAAAAUAAUUCAUAGAGACUUGAAAGCAAGUAAUAUAUUAUUAGACUAUGACAUGAACCCAAAAAUCUCAGACUUUGGAAUGGCAAGAAUAUUUUCAGGAGCUGAAGGUGAAGCUAAUACUGCUACUAUAGUUGGCACAUAUGGAUACAUGGCUCCAGAAUAUGUUAUGGAGGGACUAUAUUCCAUAAAAUCAGAUGUUUUUAGUUUUGGAAUGUUGUUGCUUGAAAUUAUUACUGGGAGACGCAAUACAGGUUUCUCUCACUCUAAACAUGCACAUAACCUUCUGGCUUAUGCAUGGCAUCUAUGGAAUGAGGGAAAUACAGUGGAAUUAAUGGACCCUCUAGUAGCUGAUUCAUGCCCUGAAGAUCAGUUUCUAAAAUACAUGCAUGUUGGAUUAUUAUGUGUUCAAGAAGAAGCAUAUGAAAGACCAACCAUGUCUUCUGUUGUUUUGAUGUUGAAAAGUCAAUCCCCAACACUUGGUCAACCCCAAGGGCCACCCUUCUGUGAGGGAAGAAUCACUGGUAGUGAUCACAAUGAGGCUGAAAAUGAACAAUGCUCCGUCAAUAACUUGACAGUUUCCGAUAUACUGCCCCAGUGAUCGGAUUUGAAAACCUUCCAGUAAAAUUUUCCUUUUAUUCUGUAAUACUGUAGUUAGAUAAGUCAGGCCGUUCAAGUUUUAACUAGAUUUACAAUUUUCUUUUUCUUUUAACGUAUAAACAAGGCUAAUUGGUUUUUUGUUGUUAUUGUCGACCUGUAAAAAUGCAGGCCUAAAUUGUGGACCCAGUAAUGCAUGGGAUUUUUUAUUUGAAAGAAUUAUGUUAA